UCAAUCCAAAACUUUAAAUACAUCUCUGCAACUUCUUUAUCAGGCCAUCUCUCACCAACUCCCUACUUCCAAACUCAUAAACACAAAAUCUUCAACCAAAAUUCAACUUACAAACCCUAAUAAUUCCAAUUUCAAUGGCAUCAAUUACCCCCAAAUCAAUCAUCAGAAGAAUAAUCAUCUCAAACCCAUCGUUCAUCUCCUCAUUAUCCAGAUCAAUCCACACUGAUCCUUCCAUCAUCAAUGGUCCUCCGAGUCCAAGCUCCUGCUCUGCGUCGCAGACAAUCUCUUCUCCUUCUCCUUCUGCUUCCUUUUCUUCUUCUUCUACGUCGUCGUUUAAUGUGAGUGGGGCAGCUGCUUCGUAUAUGAGAGGGGUUAUGUUUACAAACCCAAAUCAACCUCUCACCAUUGAAGAUUUUCUCAUGCCUCAUGCUAAAGCCAAUGAAAUUCUUGUCAAAACUAAGGCUUGUGGAGUAUGUCACUCUGAUCUUCAUGUGAUAAAGGGUGAACUUCCAUUUGCCAGCCCUUGUGUCCUUGGCCAUGAGAUCACGGGUGAAGUUGUAGAACAUGGCCCACUUUCUGAUAGCAAAAUUAUCCAAAGAUUUCCUAUUGGAUCACAUGUUGUCGGAGCUUUUAUCAUGCCUUGUGGUAACUGUUCCUACUGUUCAAAGGGGCAAGAUGAUCUCUGUGAGGAUUUCUUUGCUUAUAACCGGGCAAAAGGAACUCUUUACGACGGUGAAACACGAUUGUUCCUUAGAAGCAAUGGGAAACCAGUGUACAUGUACAGCAUGGGAGGCCUUGCAGAAUAUUGCGUUAUUCCGGCACAUGGAUUAACUUUACUGCCAGACUCAUUGCCAUAUACGGAGUCUGCAAUCUUAGGUUGUGCAGUUUUUACAGCAUAUGGUGCUAUGGUUCAUGCUGCUGAGAUGCGUGGCGGGGAUUCCGUUGCUGUGAUAGGCAUUGGAGGUGUUGGCUCCAGUUGUUUGCAGAUAGCACGCGCAUUUGGUGCUUCUGCUGCUAUUGCUGUGGACAUUAGUGAUGAAAAACUUGAGAAAGCCAAGGCUGUUGGGGCGACUCACACUGUUAAUGCUCAGAAAGAAGAUGCAGUCGAAAAAAUCAAGGAAAUAACUGGAGGAGUUGGUGUUGAUAUUGCCAUUGAGGCUCUGGGAAAACCACGAACAUUCCAACAAUGCACACAAAGUGUUCGGGAUGGAGGAAAAGCUGUCAUGAUCGGGCUUGCCGAUUCCAGAGCUCGAGGAGAGGUUGAUAUAAAUCGUCUUGUUCGUAGACAGGUGAAGAUUAUUGGUUCAUAUGGAGCAAGAGCUAGACAGGACCUGCCCAAGAUAGUUAAACUGGCAGAGACAGGCGCCUUCAGUCUAAGCUCAGCAGUUUCAAAAAUCUACAGCUUCGAGGAGGCAGACAGUGCAUACCAACAUCUCAGUCAGGGCAGCAUUAUUGGCCGUGCUGUCAUCAAUAUAGCUUGACAGAUGCUCAGGGUGGAUGAUAAACUUUGUCUGGUAUCUGAGGAAUAAACAUACAUAGUUUGUAAGCUAAUCACAUGUAUGCCAAAUGUAUGAUGUAUCAACAUAAGUUGUGUGUAAGCUAAUUUCAUGUAUGCCAAAUAGUACAAUUUAUAAUGCAUUUAAUUCCCACAGUUUGGGAUAGUUUAGUUUUGCUGUAGCUCCUGUGAUGGCAGCCAAAAGCAGUUGUGGUAUAUUCAAAUGCUGUGGUCCUGUGGAACAUGGCUAUGGACAACAUAUGUAUGGGAAAUGUGAAUAUGGCUAGAGUUACUUUUUACAUUAUCCGUUUUCAAUGCAAGCCACAUUUCUUUUAUA